CUCUCUCUUCUCUGCCCAACAAGGAGGAGAAGAAGAAGCAGGAGCAGUGGUUUGAUAUUCGUAUAUUUCGAUGAAGAAUUCCAAGUUGGUGAGAGCAGAGGAUGAGGUGGCGGCGGCGCCAGAGCCAGGACCAGAGGUAGAGGUAGAGGUAGAGUUAGAGGUGGAGGUGGAGGAGGACGACGUGAUGCUUCCUGGGUUCCGAUUCCACCCCACCGACGAGGAGCUUGUCGGCUUCUACCUCCGCCGGAAGGUGGAGAAGAAGCCGCUCAGCAUCGAGAUCAUCAAGGAGAUGGACGUUUACAAGCACGAGCCUUGGGAUUUGCCAAAGUUUAUGAUCACGGCGAGGGAGAAGGAGUGGUACUUCUUCUGCCGGCGAGGGAGGAAGUACAGGAACAGCGUCCGGCCGAACAGGGUCACUGGCUGUGGCUUCUGGAAGGCCACCGGAGUCGACCGCCCCAUCCACUCCUCCUCCCACCACUGCAUUGGCCUCAAGAAGUCCCUCGUCUACUACAGCGGCCACGCCGGAAAAGGCACCAAGACCGACUGGAUGAUGCACGAGUUCCGCCUCCCCGUCCCUACCGCUGCCUCCAUGCAAGAAGCGGAAGUUUGGACGAUCUGCAGAAUCAUCAAGCGGAGCUCCUCCUACAAGAAUCAGCCCAACAGCUACAAGACCACGAUCGCUGCUCCGAAGAAGUUGCCGCCGGAAUCCAGCAGCGUCACCAACCCCUUCUGCUGCACCUCUUCUGCCGAGGAGCUGCAACUCGUUCAUCAACAAGACCACACUAACAACGCCCCCGGAGCCGUAUUUUGGAGCUCUGUCAGCACAAAUUCCAACGGCCAACCCCUGUUCCGGGCGAACUCGUCGGCCGUGAUGACCAACGAACAGAUCAUCAGCCCGAGCUUGAACAAUUUCAUGAGAGACAACAUUUGGGACGAGCUCCAAAGGAUCUCGGAGUUCUUGGCUGAUGAUAUUGGAUUCCCUUCCAAUGAUUCUGGAUACGCUUCUAAUGAUCUCGAGAUCGUGAUCAAAUCCGGCGCCGGCGGCCGCGCCGGCGCCGGGAAACAUGCAUAG